CUCAUGAAUGAAUGAAUGGAUGAAAAGGAUCACCGAUCAAAAUCAAAGUUCCGAAGAAUUCGGAUUUUGCAGGGAAAGAGAGAGAAAGAGAGUCCAGAAGCUUCUACAAGAUCUGCAAUGCUUCUUCAGGCUUCUCCCCUACUCCUUCAACCUCCAUCUUUUUCUAGGAGGAUAUGCUCUUUACCAGAGAAAAGAACAUUGAAAUGUGCAUUGGAGUAUACUAAAUCAAGCAAGGAAGCUGUUGCGGGACAUGUCUUUUCUGGCCUAGCUGCAUCAUUCAUAUUUCUCUCUCAACCAAACCAGGUCAUUGCAGCAGAAUCAACUCAUUACAAUAACUUUUGCCAGCUUGCAAUAGCUGCAAAUCCCCGCGCACCUCUACAACUCGAUGGGAUGUCAGAUGAACGAGGUGGGAAACUAAUGAUGAGCGGUAUGACAGCUAAGAAUUUUGAUCCAGUCAGAUAUUCAGGAAGAUGGUUUGAAGUAGCUUCUCUGAAGCGUGGAUUUGCAGGACAAGGACAAGAAGACUGCCACUGUACACAGGGCAUAUACACAUUUGAUGCUGAAGCCCCCUCAAUCCGGGUUGAUACAUUUUGUGUUCAUGGUGGCCCUGAUGGAUAUAUUACAGGUAUAAGAGGGAAUGUUCAAUGCCUUUCUGAGGAAGAUACAGAGAAACAGGAAACUGAUCUGGAGAGGCAAGAGAUGAUUAGAGAAAAGUGUUACCUACGUUUUCCUACAUUGCCGUUCAUCCCUAAGGAGCCUUAUGAUGUGAUUGCAACUGAUUAUGAUAAUUUCGCUCUUGUCUCUGGGGCUAAAGACAGAAGCUUUAUUCAGAUUUAUUCAAGAACGCCUGUUCCUGGAAGUGACUUUGUAGAGAAAUACAAAUCGUACUUGGAGAAUUAUGGUUAUGACGCAAAUAAGAUCAAAGACACUCCACAAGACUGUGAGGUGAUGUCAUCAGGUCAACUUGCUUUGAUGAUGUCUAUGCCUGGGAUGCAAAAGGCCCUAACAAACCAAUUCCCUGGUCUGGAACUGAAGUCCUCCUUUGAGUUCAACCCCUUUACGAGCGUAUUCGACACUUUGAAGAAGCUUCUUGAGCUCUAUUUCAAGUAGUUCGCCAGCUUCAUCAACAUGCAGUGUGUUUUCAGUAUGAUGCCUAGCAGGCCGCUUGUCAUCAAACCUUUGACAGUCAAAUCCUGAGGGUCCAUAAACCAGAACCCAAACAGCUGGGAUGAGCCUACGGUGGUGGUGAUGAUGGUAGUUGUCUUGUAGAGGAACUUAGUAGAUGACAUGUAAGCAGCGUAUUCAUUGUGUGAGUAUCAACUAAUUAUCUUC